CGGCGCCUUUCUUUAUAUUACCUAGGUACUGUCACCACAUUGCCACCAGUGAACGUGUAGCCAUAUUACUUGCUCUGUGGUGUAGCCAAGCAGCAGUGAGCCAACCGCAAAGUGAAAUGAAAGGAAUUGCAAAGGCUAACCUACAAUCACUUCUGUAUUAGUCUCGAGUCACAAUCAUUCUCGCUAGAUACGUAACAGUAAGUGAAGUGUUAGGAAUUGUUAGUCAGCAUCAGAUAUUUUUGAAAAAUCAAAAGAAAUGGCAGAUUUGCAAAACUCAUUGUUACAACAAAUUAAGGAACAGGGUGAUCUUGUUCGAAAAUUAAAAGCAGCCAAAGAAGCGAACGAGAAGGUUAGUACACAAACUAAAAUAUUUCAAGAUCUUGAGGAAAUUGACAGACACCUAUCCGAAUACAGCUAUGUUUGUGGAUAUUUACCAAGUAAAUAUGAUAUAGAACUGCUAAAAAUUUUAAAUAGUGACAUAAAUUUCUAUAAAUAUGUAUAUUUAAAGAGAUGGUGGUACCAUAUGCGGAGUUUCAGUGACUCUGAGAUAGAAUUAUUUCCUGAAGCCUGUCCAUCAGCAAAUGUAAUUAAAAUGUUAAGGGGUUGUACAAAAAGUUAUGGUGAACAGAUACAAGAAGAAGUUGCAAAAUUAUUGGCACUUAAAGCUCAAUUGGGUCCUGCAGAAGAUGCUGCACCUCAAAAUUUCACCCUCAAAACUCCGAAAGGAACAAGGGAUUAUAAUUCCCAGCAGAUGACAAUAAGAAAUAAUGUUCUGCAGAAAAUUACAACUGUAUUUAAGAAACAUGGUGCAGAAUGUAUUGACACACCUGUUUUUGAAUUAAAGGAAGUUUUAACUGGAAAAUAUGGUGAAGAUUCGAAAUUAAUCUACGAUUUGAAAGAUCAAGGUGGUGAAAUCCUUUCACUAAGAUAUGACUUGACCGUGCCACUGGCCAGGUACUUGGCCAUGAACAAAAUUUCAAAUUUGAAGAGAUAUCACAUUGCUAAAGUAUAUAGAAGAGAUAAUCCUGCUAUGACUAGAGGGAGAUACAGAGAAUUUUAUCAAUGUGAUUUCGACAUCGCCGGCCAGUACGAUCCCAUGAUACCCGACGCGGAAUGUCUUAAAGUGGUCACAGAGAUCCUGGAUGCCCUUGAUAUUGGCAAAUACAUACUCAAGGUGAACCACAGGAGAUUGCUCGACGGCAUGUUCGAAGCGUGCGGCGUUCCCGCAGACCUGUUCCGGUCUACUUGCUCCACUGUCGACAAACUUGAUAAGUUACCAUGGGAGGAAGUGAGAACUGAAAUGAUUAACGAGAAGGGUGUAACACCAGAAGCAGCAGACAGAAUUGGGGAGUAUGUUCGACUGAACGGAGGUUCAGAACUAGCCCAGAAACUUCUGCAAGACGAAAAGCUUUCUAAAUCAAAGAGUGCAGUGGAAGGCUUGGAGGGACUCAAAUUAUUGUUGCACUAUUGUGAACUGCUUGGAAUUCAAGAUAAAAUUCUGUUUGAUUUGAGCCUUGCUAGAGGAUUAGAUUAUUAUACUGGUGUUAUUUAUGAAGCGGUUUUGACGCAACCUAUUAAAAUAGGCAACGAAGAACAAACGGUUGGAUCUAUCGCGGGCGGCGGUAGAUACGACAAUCUUGUAGGAAUGUUUGAUUCAAAGCAUAAACAGGUGCCAUGCGUCGGUGUGAGUAUAGGCGUAGAGCGUGUGUUCUCCGUGUUAGAAGCGAAGUUAGCUGCAGGUGACAUUAGCGUGCGGACCAGCGACAUUGAUGUGUAUGUGGCGUCCGCGCAGAAGAACUUCCUGGACGAGCGGCUCAAGAUAUGCUCGGAAUUGUGGAAUGCGGGGAUUAAGACUGAACAGUCCUACAAAAAAAAUCCCAAGAUGCUCAACCAAUUGCAGCACUGUGAAGAGAACGGCAUACCAUUUGCAGUGGUACUCGGAGAAUCAGAAUUAAAACGGGGUGUCGUUAAAAUCCGUAAUAUAACCACUAGAGAAGAAAAUGAAGUGACCAGAGAGAGUCUAGUUGAUGAGUUACGGACCCGUAUCAGUAAACUAGGCCUCAAAGAAAUGAAUGGACCUGUUGCUUAAACAGGAUAACGGUAAAUCUGCUAGGAUUGAAAGGUGAUGGAAGAAAUAUAAUAUCCUAUAGGUGUCAAAUGUUUGGAAUACUUGUUGAGCCAAAAAAUGUACUCAGUGUGAGUGUGAAGCUCAUACAUUUAAUAUCAAAGUAAUAUACUUAUUAUGAAAUGGAUUUAAUCUUGUGUAGCCUAAAUUUAUAAAGUGAAAGUGUUGUUCACACAUUUGAAAUCAAGCUAAAGUGAUGUAAUUCUAUGAAAGCUAAACUCUCAGUUUCGGCGGUCAGUUCCGUUGGCCGACAAAUGGUCCUUCGAGUCGGAUUAACACUUUUACGUGGAAAUAUAUUUGUUUUUUAGAGAACUUGAAAGUUGCAUUUAAAUAACUUAUCAACAAGAAGUGUCAAGUACAGGAUUUGCUAUGGAUUUAAAAUAUUUUUAUAUAAAAGUAAAAUUUAGGAUAAGACAUAUUGUCGUUUAUUUUGAUCACCUCGCGAUACUAGUAGACGUUCCAUCUAUAGAAAAUUGUGUUGUACAAAUUUUUCAUUUUAUUUAACGUCUUUUUGUUUAGAUAAAUUAGUUGUAAAGUGUCGUUACUAAUUUAUUUAUUUACAUUUAACUUUACGAAAAUGUCAAUACUUUGUAAUGAUUAAAGUAAAUUAUAACAAAGUGUCUGCUGAUUUGAGUUUUUGCUAAGCUAAGCUUGCUUAGCGUUUCAAAACUUUUAUUGCAUUUUUAAUCGAACUUCUCUAACAUUUUUUUUGUAUACAAAGUAAAGCAUUUCGUCAGGUACAUUUACGGUUGUUAGUAAUAAGUUUGCAAUAUCAUAAGAAAAUAUCUGAUUGAUCUUUAUUUAUUUGUGAUUUUAAGUAAAGCUAAUUUACUUUUUAUUUCAUUAUAUUCCUAUCUGUAUAAAAGCAAUAUUAGUUUAUGAUCAUAAAUUCUGAUGAGUAUGUUUUGUGCGCUUGUUCGUGAAAUGGACUUAAAUUAUCGGAAUGAUAAUGUGCUUAACUUGUUACCCCGUUAAUAUUUAUUUGUAUUUUUUCUAAUAAAUAUAUGAAUAACUUUAAAA